GUUUGCUUUUGACCGUCUGUAACAACAGCAGCAUCAGACAAGAGAUAACCUAAUGAUGGAAGAAUUUGAAGACAGUGAUGUUCCUUCUGCUGAGGAACUGGUUCAAUGCAACACCUGUAAAAGAUGUUUCUUCCCCAAAGUCCUGGAGAAGCAUGCUAAGAUCUGCCAAAAGUCAACAACCAAAAGGAGGAAGGUUUUUGACUCCAGCAGACAGAGAGCAGAGGGCACAGACAUCCCAACACUCAAACCCAUUAAACCAAAGUCACAAAGUUCAUCUUCUACUGAGAAAGCAGAACCCCCUAAGAAGCCAUCCAACUGGCGCAAGAAACAUGAGGACUUCAUUGCUACCAUCCGCGCUGCCAAGGUCCUCACUCAAGUCAUGAAGGAUGGGGGACCACUACCCCCACCUCCUCCUCCUACUUAUGACCCAGACUAUGUCCAGUGUCCCUGUUGUCAGCGGCGGUUCAACCAGAGUGCAGCUGACAGACACAUCAAGUUCUGCCAGGAGCAGGCCGCUCGUAUGCCCAACAAGAGCAAAUUAGGAGAUCCCAAGAAGCCUCCUGCUCGCACACAGUUCAAGCCUCCUGCUUCUGUAAAGAAAACCAACACUCCUGCUGCGUCAACCAUCCCUUCAGCCUCCUCUCGUUUACCCCAGAGAUCAGGCCUCGGACAGCCCACUGGAAUCCCAUCUAGUAAAAUCUCUUCUGCAGGUUCAGUGAGGAGUAGUCCUUCUGGACUCACAAGCCCUCCAUCAGGUGUGGGAAGUAAGACCCGAGCACUGAGCUCUGGCCUUGGAUCUGUGAGGAACACUCCAUCUGGAAUAGGUCUCAACAAGAAGAAAGUAGACACCUACAUAUCUAGGAAUGAUAUUGAUGGCGGGAAUGAAGUUGGCAAUGGCGGGGUGAGGAGCAAGUUCUGUCAUGCUUGUGGGACCAAGUAUCCUGUUGAAUCCGCCAAAUUCUGCUGUGAGUGCGGUGUCAGAAGGAUGUGUAUCUGACAGAAGGUCGGAAGAAGGAGACUCUGUAAGAAAGUAUGGAUGCACCGCUACUCAAACUAGCAUCAGAGAGUUUCACCAAAGCUGAUAAGAAUUGUAAAACAUAGUUUGUGGUCUGUAUUUUCCACACUUGGGUCUAAUUUCACAGCAGUAUAGUGUUGUAAUCGACAGACAACCCUACGGUGCUGUGUUUUCUUUUCUAAAUGUUCAGUCUUGCUGGUCUAUUUAACUGUAUGGACCAUGAUACCAAUAAGUAAAUCCAAAUCAAGCUAUUAAGGCUAGGGGUUACUAUAGUUAGGUAAUAUCAAAUUUUUUGUGCAGUUUUUCUGAAUACUGUACAUUUAGUUUAAACAGUAGAAAUCCUGCCAUUUUCAAACACAAAUGUAACAACUGUCAUCUACAAUACAUUUUGCAUUUAGUUACUGUGAUUUAUUUAGACUGGAGGCUGAUGGAUCUCGGCAGUGAACUGAUCUGUUAUAAAGUUUUGUAAAACUGUUUUAUCAGUAGCUGAUAUGGCUGACAUAAAAAAUAACCACGAAGCUCAUUAGCUUUUAAUUAGCUCCCUUCUUAAAACAUUACUGCUGUUUCCACCAGCUCAUACACAUGAACAUUAUUGCCGUGAAACUAGAGUCUGUAUUAUUACAAAAACUUAAUUUUAUUGUCACUGGACAAUAAAUAAUAAUAAUUACCCUACAGAGCAGUUUCAGUAUCAAUGAUUCAAAGCUAUUGGUGCCUCCUUUGAUGAGGUUAGAGAAGAGAUGAGUAAGAAAGUAGAUAACAACUAAGAUGCGGGUUGUUAAUGUGAAAAAGGAAGUAAAGGAAAAUUGUUGGGUGACUCAUUAGAGGUGUGUAUGGUGGCCCCUGUAUCUCAGUCCCCAGUCAACCGUGAUCUGAAAUACAUUCAUUAAUCCCGUUUGCCCCUGCUUCCUCACAAACAGAAUAUGUUCGUUAUGAAGUGCAAUAUGAUUGACUACUGAUGAAAACUAUGUGAUUUUGAAAGGAAAUGUGUUGGAAUUUUGGAAGGAUAUCACCUUGUUUUGACAGGGACCAGUCCAAAAAAUGAACUAGCUGUUAAAUGUCAGUGCUCCCUUUAAGUUCACUUUACAUGCAAAGUUUGUUUCCAGCUAUCUCAAUGUUACCACCAUAGGCCUGACAUUUCUAGACAAAUGUAGCAUUAACUCAAACCCACUUUUAUUCCCACUAAUUUUAUACAUUGUAAUGAGUUAUUUAUUUUAUAAUUCCCUUUCAUUUGUACUGAAUGAACAAUGACUGCACCUUUUUUGUUAACACUCUACACAAAUAAAAUGUGUUUUUAUUCGGAUUUGUAUGAAACCUAAAUGCACCUGGGGGUGUUGCAGUUGCUUUCUAUUUGACAGUGUUUCUAUUGAAGCAGUAUUCAAUUCAUUAAGGUAUUUAGUACAAUGAGUCAACAGUACAGUAACACUACAACCGUCAUUUUAAAUGCUCUGUACAGGUAGGUUUGAUAUCUCUGCUUGAUAUAACAGACACUAUGUAUGACCCCCACACAGUUCAUUUGCAGGUGGGACCAUUUAGAGGGAUGCCUCUACUUAGGUUGUCAUUACUGUUCAUUAACAGUGAAUAUUGUAAUAAAUGUUGAAUCGUUUGAGAAGUAAGGCAUGUGUUCCAAGUUCCAAGAAGCAAAUUAUUUGUUACAUGAUGAGAAAUGUUGAAACAGACUGGACAGGUGUGUUUACCUGGACUGAUUACAACAGUUGUUAGCCUGGGUACGGUUGUGCACUUAAUGCCAUGUACUGUAUAUCCACCACCAAUAAAUUUCUAUGAUGACAGCUGU